GCCGGGCACCCGACGCAGUUCGCCAACAGAGAGAGAAAGAGAUGGAUAGAUAGGAGUGUACGCGCGCCAAAACGGGAUCUUUUCCUACCUUUUCUAGCUUCCCAAAGCUGGUUAAACUCACGGCUGGGUACGACAUCAGGAGAGAGAGAGUGUGUGUGUGGCGCCAGCAAGUGUCUGCGACGUGAUAGUGCAAAAAUAAGAGAGGCCCCACGGCGGUUUUAAGAAGGGUCUAGUCAAAAGCAUCUCAAAAGUGCUACUCAAGAAUCUGUGAUUAUUUUUCCCUUCUCUUCUCUACUUCCUUAAACUUCCUUCCCGCUGAUUGUGAUAUAUUAUUCUUCGUUCAAUUGAUACUCUACAAGCCGUCAAGAUGGUGCAAGGGGAUGUUACAAGCGUAUUACGAGACACCACCAAUCUGGAGCAGGUGCGCGAGGAGGCGAAGGAGAGAAGGAAGAGGCGCAAGAAGAAGCGUUCGGGGUCCACUCUGGUUGCCAGUGUUUUCAGUGAUCUGUACAAACUUACCGGUGAGGUGUUGGGGCAGGGUGCAUAUGCGUCAGUGCAGACAUGUGUCAACAUCUAUACAGACAUAGAGUAUGCAGUAAAGAUCAUAGAAAAGGUACCAUCACACAGCCGAACGCGAGUCUUCAAGGAAGUAGAGAUGUUCCACCACUGCCAGGGACACAAAAAUAUCAUCCAGCUGGUGGAGUUCUUUGAGGAGGAGGACAAGUUCUACCUAGUUUUUGAGAAGAUCUACGGAGGUCCUCUGUUGUCCCAUAUCCAGAGGAGGACGCAUUUCACCGAAGCGGAAGCAUCGAUGGUGAUCAGAGAUCUUGCCUCGGCUUUGGCGUUCCUCCACAGCAAGGGCAUUGCUCACAGAGACCUGAAACCCGAGAAUAUCCUUUGUGUAUAUCCGGACCAGCUAUGCCCUGUAAAGAUCUGUGAUUUUGACCUGGGUUCUGGAAUUAAGUUCAAUUCCAACCUGAGCUCUCCAGUGGUGACACCGCAGUUGUUAACCCCAGUGGGAUCGGCAGAGUUCAUGGCCCCAGAGGUUGUAGAGGGAUUCAUCAGCGAUGAUGCUGGGCCUUAUGACAAACGGUGCGAUUUAUGGUCUCUUGGUGUGGUGACAUACAUUCUUCUGUGCGGUUACCCUCCUUUCUGUGGCAACUGUGGGGAAGAUUGUGGAUGGGAGCGAGGGGAGGCUUGUCCCCAGUGUCAAGAUCUCCUCUUCAACAACAUCCAGGAAGGCAGCUAUGAAUUCCCCAAACCUGAGUGGUCAUCAAUAAGUGAGGAGGGAAAGGAUCUGAUUCGCAAGCUACUGGUGAAGGAUGCUUCGCAGAGACUGUCAGCGGAGAUGGUCCUUUCCCACCCCUGGAUCAGAAAUGGCGGUCCCUCGACCCGCCUGGAGACGCCAAAUGUUAUCAGGAAGAACCAUAGCGCGCAGCAGCUGUCACUCUUUGCAGAAUCCUGCAUGGCGCUGAACAGGGUCUUGCUGCAGCAUUUCAGUAUGAACCAGGAUGAGGAUUGUGAAAACAUGCAUGGGGAUGAUCCGCCUUUCGGAUUAUCGCCCCCAUCAGAGUCGCGGCUUGCCCAGCGGCGGCUCCGUUCUCUCAGCCUCAACACGGAGCAUUUCCUCACUGCCACCGGCUAACUGGCACUCUUGCCAGUAACUCAGGGUUAGGUGCUACGCCAGGAUAAAGUAUUGGCAUGGCACCGAUUUUUCAUUCUUGUUAGGCUUGGGCUCUACAAGCAAGUUUAUGUUGUUUAGAAUCCUGACAGUGGACAAGGAGUCUGAACAGCAAGGCUAGCUGUAAGCCAACUUUAUAAGCCUCAGGUUUUUCUACCUUGUAAUGUUACAAUAAUAACAUAUAAUGGAGGUUUAGCCAGCUCAUUAAUGAUCAAAUAUAAAAAAAAAAUAUAAAAAAUAUUUGUUUAUUAAGUUUGAUAUAUGUAGGCACAAAAUUUUGAGAUAUAUUUUCAUAUGGAUAUGCUUUAUUGAUUAUUGAGUUCAGGACAUUUAACAUCAUUUUUUACCUGGAUUCUUUAAUUUUUUGAGUGCCAAUAAGUAAAGCAGUGUGGGCUACAACCAACAAAUUAAGUACAAAGAUUAAAAAUCCUUUGAAUCUGUCCUGAAUGCCACUGUCAAGUAAACUAGGGUUAUGGAAUGCGCGGCGGUGUGGCUAGUUACCCCCUCCGUGGAAGGAGUGUGUGGAUCGGUUGGAGUGGGCACUGUGAUAAUUCUUUAUUAGUGUGUAAGUUGAGAACGGACCCAGUCGUAAUAUUGCUUGGAAUAAUGUUUCUCUUUGUGUGUGGUGCUUAGUAACUUAAGUUUAUAGUAGUAAUCCCAGUAAGUGCCUACGCUUUUACAAUGUCAUAGUUGACACUUAAGUCCCAAUUUAUUUGGAUGAUUUCAAAAGAGCAUUGAUUUAAGGUUCAAUACAAUUAGCUAUACAAGCCAGAGGGUUAAUUCAGGGCAGUUCAGCUUAAAAAUGUUUUCAAAUAAAAGGAGGCUUCUGUAAAAGCUUGUCGGUUCUAGUCGCAUUUGAGAAUGCACAGAACGCUCUAGUUUUGUUCUUUGCUAGAGCGCUGUAUCAGCUACCAGACUUAUUUUGUGGUGAGAGUGGUGAAUUGUAUGCAGUAGAGGCAGAUCACUUGAAUCUCGAUAAGUUUGUCAAAAACCAGGGAACCCUUUGUGAUUCUGUAGUAAAGGUGCAAUAUUCCUGCUUGCUCCACAUGUAGGGAAGGAAUUGUUCCCGAGCCACACCCUCUGGUGUGUCGCCCAGUUUCAGGGAGCCUGUGCUGGACCCCCACCCAGGAGGGCCGCACAGGCAUGGCACCCCAACACGAGGCUGCCCUAUAAAAGUGAUGUGUGUACCUGGAGUGCCAUGGCUUGUGCACACGUUGCCCCGUCCCGCACGAUCCACACACACCUGUCCCAUAGAGUUACGUUUUGUUACUGUUUUCUAUCUUUUUUAUACAUUGGAAUAGGAGAUAAAAAGUAAGAGUUACUUUUUAAAUUUGCCAAAAAGGUUUUGUUUCCUGCGGGGUAAAAUAGUCCCCAAGACUUUGGUUUUGUCAUGUUUGGCUUUGUCUUUCUGGUUUGUACCUUGUUUUUUGAAGGUAGUUAUAGAAUACCUUUCAAUUACUAAGGUAAAGACUGGAUGAUUGAAAGACAAAGAUUUUUGGGGUCUUAAGAAGAGCCAUUGGGGUUGUUCAUCUUGUCUUAUCCCAGUGCCACCUUGGACAGGCUGAUUAUGUAUUGUAAUAGUUCUGUAGAUCCUGACACUCCCCGUGGUCUGCCGAGAUGGUUGCCCAGGGUUGUUUGUUGUCCCAGUGAUGUAGGUGCAGUGGCCAAGGUGGUGUGGGCGAGGGCAAGUGUGCGAGCACAGUGGCUGUCUUGUGACGACCCCCACAACAUUCCUCAUACAUCAUCGUAUCAUUCAGCUGCGCGGUCGAUCCACAACACUGGUCCAUGCUUUUCUCAUGCUCCUGUCAUAUCAUGAUCUCAUUUUUGUUUGGCCUAGCAGGGCUAGAGAUAUUCAUUUUCUAUUUUAAUUUAUUUGUCAUUAUCAGAUGAAUUCCUUUGCUACCUUCAUAAAGCCAUUAGGGGCCUAAUUUGCAAACAACACAAAGUCCUGUUUAAAAUAAAGAUGGUGAGCAUUUCUAAUUGCAGUAAUGUAGUAGAAUUCAAUGUAUUUACGAAAUUGUCAAGAACUUUAAUGCUGCUGAGUGUUGUUUGUUAAUUAUGGAUUGGGAGUAUAGUCCAUGCGAUAGUAGCUCAAGGAUCGAUCACGCUGCUUCAUCUUUCAUCCCUGUCUUCCCAUUGUACCGCCUAUGCGCGUUAGGCAGUACGAGAGGAGAGAAAAAGUUAUCUAAAGUGGCCCCUCCCCUCUACGCCCUCGAUGUCUAUAAGACCAACUAAUCUGAACUUCAUCAUGGGUGAUACAAAGAGAUAUUCCUGUUUAAAACAGCCUGCAUUAGCUAGUCUCGUCACGAAUGUCAUGCAUUAGCAAAACAUUUGAAGAUAAAUAUUAAUUGCCAUAUAUGGAAUAAUUUAUAACAUGGAAUUUAUAUAUGUAAUUAAAGACGGUAUUGGGAGGCCCACGUAUGUAACCAUAUGUGGCGUACCAGUUUUAAAUAAGAUGGUAUGAUUCGCAAGUGUUUUAAUAAAAUACUUGAUGGUAAAAAAUGAAAGCCGACAUUAUCUUGUACUGGACCCUGUGUUCGCUGGAACACCUCGAUAAAUUAGCGUUACCAGGGAAGAAGUGCAAAUAAAAGUUAUCUUUUUAAU